AUGCGCAGCGCCCUACACACCAUGUGAGGAUCUAGGUUUUGGGGUAUGGCUUGCAGUCAUCCAUGGAAGAUCAGGCCGGCAACAAGAGAAGAUGUGCCCUCAAUUGUAUGGCUUACUCAGGUGCUGGCCGAGUAUGAGAAUGAACCAAGGUCUAUGAAGAUCGGAGAGAAAGAAAUGUUGAGAGAUGGGUUUGGAGAGAAACAGUACUUCCAUGUGCUGGUGGCUGAAUGGACGUCUGACGAUGGUCCAGUGCUAAACAGUAUCCCCGUAGACCCUGAGAAGCCCUCUACUAGCAUGCCACAUAAUGACAGAAUAGUGGGGCAUGCCCUGUAUUUCUACACCUAUUCCACAUGGGAAGGAAAGUGCCUCCACAUGGAGGAUCUCUGUGUUAGAGAACAGUACCGCAACCGUGGUAUUGGAACAGCUCUUAUGCAAGAGUGUGCAAAGGUGAGCAUGUUACAGAGAAUCUGCAAGAAUGCAACAUUUGGGUUUCCGUGAGCAGCCCUUCGCCAUUCAUUUACACUCAUUCCUGCUGAUGUUCUGUCACUGCUGAUUGUUAGGUGGCCUGUAGGGAAGGCUGUGCUAGGAUGAUCUGGCAGGUGCUGGACUGGAACACUAGAGCUGCAGAACUUUAUGAAAGAAUCGGAGGGAAAAUCCUGAAGGAAUGGCUGACAAUCAGAUUGAUUCAGCCUGAACUGGGCAAUUUUGCUUCUGGAGAAACUAAACCAUGAUGAAGAGUGUUUUGUUUAGUGUGCUUAAAAUCAAAAAUUAUGAACAAGA